CUCCCAGACAAGCACAUCCCGUGCGUUCGUUUUCUUCAACCUGAUCAUAGACUACGCACGUUUUGUGUUGAGACUCUGAUCAGUCUCUUCUGUCAGACCAAACAACGAACAGCUCCUCGGCAAUGGCGGUCCUAGUUCUGUGCCAUUGCCGAUACCGCCCAACAUAUUAUCCCGCUAACCCUAGCCCUUCGCCAUUUCUUGGACACAUCCCAUUUCAUCUCGGAAAAUCAUCACGUGGACAGAGUAUCCAGAAUUCUGUCAACAAAAACAAAAUUACCGCACUCUUUUGGGGACCUCGGAAGGCCACCGAGCCACCUAAAGUGGAUUUUUCACUUGGGGAUUUCACCUUGACAGGGUCAGGCUUAGAGGGAGCUUCAGCAAAUUUCGAAAAACCAAAAAAGAUAUCAGUCUCAGUAGUUUCUUCGAUCUCACAGGUUUUGCCAAAUGACUGGGAUGCGUGCAACCUUGCUGCUACGGGUCCCAAAAAAUUUAAUCCAUUCCUUACCCAUGGUUUUCUUUCGAGCUUAGAGGAGUCAGGUUCCUCAGUGAAGGAAACAGGAUGGAUUCCACAGCAUAUCAUUGCUCAGGACGAAUGUAAAAAUAUUUUAGGUGUUGUCCCACUCUAUCUCAAAAGCCACUCUUAUGGUGAAUAUGUAUUUGACCAUUCUUGGGCUGAUGCCUACUACAGUUAUGGUUCAAGGUAUUAUCCCAAGUUACAAUGUUGUGUGCCUUUCACUCCAGUAACUGGUCAGAGGAUCUUACUCCGUGACACCUCAUACAAAGAUCAGGUCUUUGACAUUUUAGUCUCUGCAAUGAAGGAUUUGACCGCCAAGUUUCAGGUUUCAUCUCUGCACAUUACCUUUGCGUCUGAAAGUGAGUGUCACAGAACAAAGGAGAAAGGUUUUCUGCAAAGGAUUGGAAUGCAGUACCACUGGAAAAACCGCAACUACAAAAAUUUUGAUGAAUUCUUGAUGGACAUGAAACAAAGUAAAAGGAAAAAUAUUCGUCAAGAACGUAAGAAGAUUUCUGCUCAAAAUUUGACUAUGAAACGCCUACGGGGAUAUGAAAUUAAGGCUAAGCACUGGGAUACCUUUUAUAACUUCUACAAGAACACUACUGAUAACAAGUGGGGUAGUGCUUAUUUAACAAGGGAUUUCUUUCACAACAUGGGUUCAAAAAUGGGGGAUAAUGUACUGCUUGUUGUUGCUGAAGAAGGAGAUGAGCUUGUUGCUGGAGCUCUUAAUCUUAUUGGAGGAGAUACUUUGUUUGGGCGCUUAUGGGGAUGUCAUCCGCGAGCAUAUUAUCCAAGUUUGCAUUUUGAAGCCUGUUAUUACCAGGCAAUAGACGCAGCUAUUGAACUUAAUCUUGAUAAGGUAGAGGCAGGAGCUCAGGGUGAGCAUAAAAUUCAGCGGGGUUAUCUGCCGGUGACAACAUACAGCUGUCACUAUAUAGUCGACGAAGGUUUCAGGAAAGUAAUAGAAAACUUCUUGGUGCGAGAAGCGGCUCAGGUCAAAGCUGUUAUGAAACUAAUACAUGAUUCUGGUCCCUUCAAGGAUGGUAUACAAUAGUGAAAGUAUUGAGGCUCCACUAGUUAAUAAGGAAUUGGUAUUAUUCAUGGUAAGGAAACACUCUGUUCAUGAAGAACAUAGAGUUUCUAAAAUCGGUUUACAGACAGCUUUCAAAUAAAAGGGAUGGUGCUGUGCAAUUCACUGCGGGGAACAAAAGGAACACAAAAGGUUGCGUGAACUGAUUUGGGGUGAGUAACAUCUACUUGUUUUGCAGUGUUCUAUGGUAAAACUGUAAAUAUGCUCUUUACAUUCAUCAUGUCACAUGAUCACGUUCAAGAUUUAUUAAGCUGUACAUAAUUGAACACAACAUCAUGCGUGUUGAAAUUCUUGGUUACAUAAUUACACUGAUACUAUUAGAAUAUCAAGUUGGUGAAAAUUAAAGCGAUAGAUCAAAUUUUGGGUUAAUUUUUUUUUUUUGGGUAUGCCAACACAAAGUAGAAAGUUUUCAAGAGAUAAUAUAGGAGAAGUUUAACAGCAUGUUAAGCUAGAGAUGAUCCCAUCUUUAAGUAGUUAUCCGUGUUCCCUAUUGAACUUUGACAGCAUCCAGAACACUCUCUCAUGUAUGGACUUGGCUCUGGAAUUACGUCUCCAAGCCUACCCUUGGGCUGUGCUCUAAUCUGCUUCGUCUCGGGCAAGAG